GCUCAAAGCAUACCAUUUUGAUAGCAGGUUUCAUUACAAAAAAAAAUUGGCUCUCUAUUCUAGAUUUAGAAUAGAAUUCCUUGUUCUAUCAUUAAAUGAAAAAUUUUAUUGACCAGUUUACAGUACAAACCAAUUUUAUUUUAUAAAAUGUGUAGCAUCUGAGCAGCAUACACAUGUAUUGGUAAAGCCGGCAUGACUGCAACAUUAUCAUGUCACGCACGCAACAUAAACAAUACAAUACCAACCUACAACGUACCUAAGCAAAACAAGUGUUAGAUAACGAAUAAAAUUAAAUAAUCUUACUACUUUGUCUUUACGUGUCUUAUAUUGUAAUAAAGCAUGAUUUUGCGAUUAUUAGGUGCAACUACUUCUCAACAUAUUGGAACAGCAUUACCAGAAAAGUUGUUAAGUCGAAUCGGAAGAUCUACUAUUAAAACGUGGUUGGAAAACAAAACAGGGCUCAAUGCCAGCCGGUAUUCUACAAAUCAUUUUGCGGCCCGUGCAUAUGACGUUAGUACUAAUGUAGCCAAAGAUGUAAUGCUUUUUAAGUAUGAGAAUCCACGAUUCUUCCGAAUGAUGAAUAUUUUUGGAGUUAGUCAAUUUCUAUUCUGGGGUUAUCUGUCGCAUUUCGCUUAUACGACUCUGAAAGAUGCUCCAGUGCCACAGAAAGAUGUCGAUCAGCUGGCUUGGUACGAGAAAAUCAAUCUGGGAGAAAAUAAAUACCGGAAUACAAUGGCGAUAAUGUCUUUUGUUAUUGGUUACGGUAUCCUUUUCGCCACAUGGACUUUUACUUUACGCUCGGUACGUUUUUUGGUUUUACGAAAAGGAGGCAAGAACGUUAGUGUAGUAACAUAUACCCCCUUCGGUAAAAAUAGGAUAAUGGAUGUUCCAUUGAAUUGCAUUUCUGCACAGGAAUCUAGAGAAGCGGCUCGGGUGACGAUUCCUAUAAAAAUUAGAAACAAAUCGCUUUUCUACAUGUUGGAUAAAAAAGGCGAAUUUACCAAUACGAGAUUAUAUGAUUAUACUGUUGGAAUGAGACGCAACUGGAAAUAAAAAAGGCUUCAGUAUUUAUGCGAUCGUUUCAAACCAUUUGACCAAGAAAACUUUUCAAUCAUGCGAGUAAAUAAAAAAGAAGUAUUCUUUAUAUUAUCAUUA